AUGGGAAAGGAGGAGGAGAAGAAACCCCAGCACAGCACGUCCCUGAAUAACCAAAGCCAGACAGGGAAGGCACCCGAAGCGGAGAAAAGCACCGACCCGAGCAAGACGCAGGAGUCUGCGAUGAAGAAGAAGAAGCAGAAGAAAGCCAAGGGGGAUCCCAAAACCGGCCAGGAGGAGGAAUCCCACACUUGUUGUGGCUGCCGUUUCCCGCUGCUGUUUGCUUUGUUGCAGCUGGCAUUAGGCAUCCCUGUAACAGUGCUGGGCUUCCUUAUGGCAGGCAUCAGUUCCUCUCUGCUAGUCAGAGACACUCCAUAUUGGGCUGGGAUAACUGUCUGUGUGGUGUCCUUAGUGGGAUUUGUUAUGCUUUGUAUUUCGUACCAACCUGAUGAGAAGACAUGUGUGCAGUUCACAGUAAAGCUGAUGUAUUUUCUCCUAAGUGCCCUGGGUCUAGUUGCCUGUGUUUUGGCGGUGGCUUUUGCUGCACACCACUAUUUGCAGAUGACAAAAUUUACCUGCGAUACCAUCCUCGAGUCCUGCCAGUGCAAACUGGACACUGCAGGCCCCCUCGGCAGGACCUUCGUCUAUCAGGACGCAUUUUGUGGCAGCCUCAUCAGCACACUCAACCUGUACUUACUUCUGCAGAUGGUUCUCAAUCUGAUCGCGGCCCUGGUCUGUCUAUUGGCAUGCUUCAUGAUGUGGAAACACAGAUACCAGGUCUUCUAUGUGGGCGUUCGGUUCUACCCUUUAACCGCUACUGAAGGCCAGCAACAGAAAGUAUAA